UCCCAUUAAUUAAUUACCUUUCUUGUAAGACUUUUCCUCAAUAGUCAUUGUCCCCAUGCAUUGGCCAUUUUUCUCUGUGUGACGUGUGCAAUGAUGCUACCUGCAAACAUUCCUCUACGGUUGCGGCUCUAAAAAAAAACAAGCAUUUGUCAUGUCUCUUUGUAUAACCCGUGAGACUAGAAUCUAGACCUUGUGUUAUUGGUGUUCAUUUUUCCAUUCUCAAACCAAGGACAAAUCCUAGAGUUUCUCCUUUGGUUGAAAGAGAGGGACCUGUGAGUGUCACAAACAUGGGAGAGGAGAAUGUUAAACAACCGUUGUUGGAGAGGAAGUACUACAAGGACUGCCCAGGUUGUAAAGUGGAUCAAGCCAAAGAAUUGAGUGAGGGAAAGGGUGUACCUGUUACAAAUCUUUUUAUCAUGUGGAUGGUGGUGCUGUGUGCUGCACUGCCUAUAUCAUCUCUCUUUCCAUUCCUCUAUUUCAUGGUAAGGGAUUUCAAUAUUGCGAAAACAGAAGCUGAUAUUAGUUCUUAUGCUGGUUAUGUUGGCUCUUCAUUCAUGCUUGGCAGAUGUUUGACAUCUGUGUUAUGGGGAAUUGUAGCCGAUCGCUAUGGCCGAAAACCUGUUAUAGUUAUGGGGAUUAUUGCAGUUGUCAUUUUCAACACAUUAUUUGGCCUUAGCACAAAUUUUUGGAUGGCUGUUAUCAUGAGAUUUCUUCUGGGAAGUUUAAAUGGUUUGCUUGGACCAGUGAAGGCCUAUGCCUCUGAACUUUUUCGAGAAGAACACCAAGCUAUAGGACUCUCAACUGUCAGUGCAGCUUGGGGCAUAGGUUUGAUCAUUGGCCCAGCAUUGGGGGGCUAUUUGGCUCAGCCUGUAGAGAAGUACCCACAUAUAUUUACAAAGGAUUCUUUUUGGGAUAAGUUUCCAUACUUCUUGCCCAACCUUAUAAUUUCUGCAUUCGCAUUUGUAGUAGCUAUUGGCUGUAUCUGGAUUCCGGAAACACUUCACAACCACAAUUGUAGCAAUGAAUCCACAGACGAUGCCAAAGCUUUAGAAAGUGGAAACAGUGGAGCUGGCAAUGAAAAGAUAAUCCAAAAGAAUGAUAACCUCCUCCUGAAUUGGCCCUUAAUGUCAUCUAUCAUUGUUUAUUGUGUUUUCUCACUUCAUGAUAUUGCGUAUCAAGAGGUUUUCUCAUUAUGGGCCGUCAGUCCUCAAAGGCUGGGGGGUUUGAACUUUACAACCGAUAAUGUUGGUGAUGUUCUUUCAAUAUCAGGUCUUGCACUUAUUAUUUACCAACUUACCUUAUACCCAUUUGUGGAAAAAGCUAGUGGACCUAUUGUUAUUGCCCGCUUCUCAGGGAUGUUAACCAUACCACUUUUGCAAAGCUACCCCUUCAUAGCAUUGUUGUCAGGCUUGGCACUAUACAUAGUGAUAAGUAUUGCUUCAAUUCUGAAGAAUAUUAUGUCCAUCACCAUUAUAACUAGUUUGUUCCUUCUGCAAAACCGAGCAGUGGAACAACACCAAAGGGGGGCAGCUAAUGGCAUUUCUAUGACAGCCAUGUCUCUUUUCAAAGCUAUUGGCCCUGCUACAGGUGGUGCAGUAUUAACUUGGUCACAAAAGCGGAUGGAUGCUUCAUUCCUCCCAGGCACCCAUAUGGUGUUCUUUGUACUGAACAUAGUUGAAGCACUUGGAAUACUAAUGAUGUUCAAACCAUUCCUUGUUGAAAAGAAGAAAACACACUCAGAUCAGUUACACUGAUACCAAUCAAUUUUGUUCAAGGCAUGUAGCAUCGGAGCUGCUGUCUAAUAUUGGGGACAAUGAUGGUAACUUUGUCAUCACGGGGACCAAUGAUGAUUGUAACUAAAUUAAUGGCACCAAUUCAAUAUGUAGCUUGCCAUAAAAAAAACGUAGAAACGUCACAGAAAAAAGAACAAACCAAGCUAAUCCAAGUGAAAAAAAGAGUACCGAAUAUUGUUUUUUUAAAAUUGAAGGUGAUAUCACUAUAUUCCCCUUCCCCUUCCUGGAUUGAAUCCCAACUUUGAACAGUAACAUUGAAAUCGUUAAAUUGUUAGAGGUUUGUCA